CGGAAUCAACCUACGGCCAGCAGUCGUCCCCGCCCUGCUUCAAACAUUUGGGUUUCAGGAGCCGGGCGGAGGUGGCCGCCGUGUGUUUGCCUUGCACGCGCGCUGUCCAAAACUCGGCGGCGGCCUCGGGGCUGCUGCGGCCUGGGCGGGUGCAGUCCCCGGCGCCCGCCCGCCUCCCGGCCUCCAUCAUCCCAGGGUGCACCGCGGCGGGCGCGGGCCCGCGGCCAUGUUGCGGUAGUUUGUUGUUUUCUUCCUGCGGAGGCGAAGGGGCAACUGCGGACCGCAAAGCGCCGGGUCUUGCCUGUGCCUCCUGCAGCCGCCUCCCUUCCCUGUCCUCCGCCACCCGUGCCCGGGUCCGGACCAGGCACGUCGGCCCACCAGCUGGCUUGGUGGGCGAGGCUGAAGGCCGGGCCCCGCGAGUGCCAUGGCGGCCGCCCUGGGAGCGGGCGGAGGAGCAGGCGCCGGAGAUGACGACUUUGAUCAGUUUGAUAAGCCUGGUGCGGAACGGUCCUGGAGAAGAAGAGCUGCUGAUGAGGACUGGGACAGUGAACUUGAAGAUGAUUUACUUGGAGAAGAUUUGCUAUCUGGCAAAAAGAAUCAGUCGGAUUUGUCAGAUGAAGAGCUAAAUGAUGAUCUUUUGCAGAGUGAUAAUGAAGAUGAAGAAAAUUUCAGUUCUCAGGGCGUUACAAUUAGUCUGAAUGCUACAUCUGGCAUGGUUACAUCAUUUGAACUGUCUGACAACACUAACGACCAAUCUGGAGAACAGGAAUCUGAGUAUGAACAAGAACAAGGAGAGGAUGAACUGGUUUAUCACAAAUCUGAUGGGUCAGAAUUAUAUACUCAAGAGUACACAGAAGAAGGACAGUAUGAAGGCCACGAAGCUGAGUUGACAGAAGACCAAAUAGAAUAUGUGGAAGAGCCGGAGGAGGAGCAACUUUACACUGAUGAAGUGUUAGACAUCGAAAUCAAUGAACCUUUAGAUGAAUUUACAGGAGGUAUGGAAACACUGGAACUUCAGAAGGACAUCAAAGAAGAAUCAGAUGAAGAAGAAGAAGAUGAUGAAGAAUCUGGACGAUUACGUUUUAAAACUGAAAGGAAAGAAGGAACAAUUAUUAGGCUCUCAGAUGUAACUAGAGAGAGAAGGAACAUUCCAGAAACUUUGGAGCUUUCAGCAGAGGCCAAGGCAGCAUUGCUGGAAUUUGAAGAAAGGGAGCGACAGCAUAAACAAGGACGCUACAGCUCGAGGCGGGGAGGACGGCGAGGAGGCCCGCUGAUGUGUCGCGGCGUGGGGGACCAGAGGAGAGAGAGCACCGAGAGGGGCAGGAUGAAGGACCACAGACCCGCGCUGCUUCCUACACAGCCUCCUGUCGUGACUCAUUCUCCAAGGUUAAUUCCUCCUCCACAGCCUCAGGCUCCCCCUCCGCCGCCACCACCACCUCAGCAGCAGCCGAUCAGAAGCCUGUUCCAGCCUCAGCAGCUGCAGCCUCUGCUUCCUGUGCAGCACCCGCACCACACAUCCCCGCCGCAGGGAAUGCACAUGCCUCCCCAGCUAGAGACCCCAAGGAUGAUGAUGACCCCGCCACCCGUGACUCCACAGCAGCCCAAGAACAUACACAUCAACCCGCACUUCAAAGGGACGGUGGUCACGCCUGUUCAAGUGCCCUUGCUGCCAGUUCCGAGCCAGCCGAGACCUGCCGUGGGACCCCAGAGAUUCCCAGGCCCUCCAGAAUUUCCACAGCACACACCUGGACCCGUUUCCAACAGUUUCAGCCAGCCCCCACGACUCCCUCUCCAGGACCAGUGGAGAGCCCCACCCCCGCCUCAGGAGCGAGACCCUUUCUUCUUAGGAGUUUCAGGCGAGCCAAGAUUCCCAAGUCAUCUUUUUCUGGAACAGCGAAGUCCCCCUCCACCACCACCGCCUCCUACCCUUCUCAACAGUAGCCAUCCCGUUCCUACUCAGAGUCCUCUACCAUUCACUCAGCCAGGACCAGCAUUUAACCAGCAAGGACAGCAGCCAGUGUUCCCGAGAGAGCGGCCGGUAAGACCAGCCCUGCAGCCUCCAGGUCCGGUGGGGAUUCUGCACUUCAGCCAGCCUGGGUCGGCAACCACACGGCCCUUCAUCCCUCCUAGACAGCCGUUCCUGCCGGGCCCAGGACAGCCGUUCCUGCCCACACACGCACAGCCCAACCUGCAGGGGCCGUUGCAUCCCCCAUUGCCCCCUCCACAUCAGCCUCAGCCUCAGCAGCCUCAGCAACAGCCCCCGCCGCAGCACCAGCCUCCGCACCAGCCCCCGCCCCAGCACCAGCCCCCGCCCCAGCACCCGCCGCAGCACCCGCCGCAGCACCAGCACCACCACCACCACCACCUGUCCGUCCCGCCCCCUCCUUUGAUGCCUAUGUCUCAGCCGCAGUUCCGGCCUCACGUACAGACCGCUCAGCCUCAGGCCAGCAGCAGCCGGAUGCAGUGUCCCCAGCGCCAGGGGUUGCGGCAUAAUACAACUUCUCAGAAUGUAAGCAAGCGGCCAAUGCAGCAAAUGCAGCCCACUGCACCAAGAAACAGCAAUCUGCGUGAAUUACCCAUAGCGCCGUCACAUGUGAUAGAAAUGACCAGCAGUCGCUGCUCUGCCACACCCUCAGUGCAAGUGAAACCUAUCGUCAGCUCAUCACCACCCUCGAGGGCCGUGUUGGCUUCCAGGAGCUCACAGGGAAAGACAGAAGUGAAAGUCAAGCCAGCUAGCCCUGUGGCUCAACCUAAAGAAGAGGCAAAAACAGAACCAGAGUUUCCUGAUGAAGAUGAGGAAACAAGGUUAUAUCGCUUAAAGAUAGAAGAACAGAAACGCCUAAGAGAAGAAAUCCUGAAACAGAAGGAGUUACGACGGCAGCAGCAGGCUGGUGCCAGGAAGAAGGAGUUACUGGAGAGACUCGCGCAGCAGCAGCAGCAGCAGCAGCAGCUCUAUGCUCCCCCACCCCCAGCAGAGCAGGAAGAGCAGGCACCGUCACCGUCACCCACCAAUGGGAACCCCCUGUUGCCCUUUCCGGGUGCACAGGUCAGACAAAAUGUGAAAAACAGGCUUCUUGUUAAAAACCAGGAAGUCAGUAUUUCAAAUGUUCAGCCCAAAACAUCAAAUUUUGUACCAUCUGGUGCGAGCAUGCAGUAUCAAGGACAACAGAUGAAACCACUGAAACAUUUGAGACAGACCAGAACGCUUCCUCAAAGUCAGACUCAGCCACUGCAUAAAGUACUCCAGAUCAAACCCGCGGAUGUGGAGGAGCCGGCCGCGCCCCAGACUCCUCGAGUGGCGUCCAUCCAGGGCCGGCCCCAGGACACAAAGCCUGGCGUGAAAAGGACUGUCACGCACAGGACAAACAGUGGUGGUGGAGAUGGCUCCCACAUCACCUCCAAAGUCAGGGUGAUUAAGCUGUCAGGUGGGCAGGGAGGAGAGAGCGAUGGCUUUUUUCACUCAGAAGGCCAGCCCCAGCGGCUUCCCCAGCCUCCAGAAGUGGGACUUCAGCCUGCCCGCAAGGUGACGCUGACCAGGGGGGGCCUUCAGCAGCCCCCGCAUCCGCCAGCAGGACCCCACGCACACUCGCCUGUCCCUCCAGGGAUCAAAAGCAUCCAAGGAAUUCACCCGGGGAAGAAGGCCAUCAUGCACGGACGAGGCAGAGGAGUGGCUGGUCCCAUGGGCCGGGGGCGCCUGAUGCCAAACAAGCAGAACCUGCGGGUGGUGGAGUGCAAGCCGCAGCCCUGCGUGGUGUCCGUGGAGGGGCUGUCCUCAUCCACCACGGAUGCCCAGCUGAAGAGCCUGCUGAUGUCAGUGGGACCCAUUCAGAGUUUACAGAUGCUUCCCCAGCAGCGGAAAGCCAUAGCUAAGUUCAAGGAGCCAGCCCAUGCGCUAGCAUUUCAGCAGAAGUUCCACAGGCAUAUGAUUGAUUUGUCCCACAUAAAUGUGGCCCUGAUCGUGGAGUGAUUCCUCACAAGACAGCCUGACCUUAAGCUGUACACACACUGUGGGAUUUCUUCAAGGAAGCUGCCGGCCGGCGCAGAACCCCAGGAGCACAGGUCUCCCCGGGCCGCAGCCCCACGUUAGUGUUGUCCAGAGCGCCAGCCGGCCCCGGCGUUGAUUCCAGAGGAGCUGACCUGACAGGACACAGCAGGCUGGAGUUGGUGUUAGGUUGCUUCACAUUCUGUUGUCGCCACCAAGAACUCCAAGUUUUUCGUUUUCUUUUGUUUUCGAAGUGCUUACAAUGCAUGUAGACGUUGUUCUUUGUGAUCUGACUCUAUGAUUGAUCACAGUGACUUAGAUUCAGGAAAGAACGUUAACGUCACAAAUUCUAAGUAUUUUUCACAGCAGAGAAUAUUUGAUAAUGGUUGCACUUAUCUUCAGUGCAGGCUAGAAGAGUCUUCUCAACCAAGCAGAACUCGAGUCGUCUUCUCAGCCCUCAAAAGGCUCUUGUAAAAAACAUAGAUUAAAAUUUGGGUUGAUUGUUGAUUGACCUUUGCAUAUCCUGGAAAGCCAGGGUAUGAGUGGGUGGUUGGGAAUGGUGCCAAUUGAACAGCAGAUUCUGCUUCUUGUCACUAUUUCAAAAGCGUCAACUCUGUGUUCCUAGUUUCGAUGAACUCCCCAUUCAUUUUUAACACACCUCCCAGAUAACGCAACGUGCUGGACAGGCACACGGUCUGGCCCUUGGCUAGAGCAGGGGUCUGUGAUGACCUCAUCCGGCAGCCCUCUGGCCUAGUUCCCACCACGUGAGGUGGAGGAACGGCUUGAAGGUGGAACAGACCUGUCUGUUUUUUUCUCUUUUUAAAUGCAGCAAGGUGGCCUGUUUGUCACUGGCUCUGUGAUACGUGACAUUCCUUGGGAAUUUGGUGGCCAUUGCUUCAGUCACUUCUGUUUUUCUGAAGGCUGUUAUGGCAGGGCCGCCCUGUCCAUCAGUGGAUGUUCCCUCUGGCCUGCCAUUCCCCAUGGCGUGCAGGGCGAGGGUGGCUUUCUUCCAGGGACAGCAUAGCCCCAAAUGAGACGUGUCUGUGUCAUCACUGAAACUGCUUUUCGUAAUUGCGGGUAGGUUCCUGUAGGUGAGACAUACUCUCCAUAAAGCCACUGUAGUAGAAUUCAUUCUGGGCAAACACUGGAAAAAGUGCCUUACUGUAUUUCUGCUCAUGAACGAGUUUCACUAUUUUGGAUAUGUUCUAAAGUGGACCGGAGCUAUUUGAGCAAAUAAUGCUAGGGCAUACUCAGACAUUUUAUACCUACGAUUUCAUGUCACAUUUACUAUUAGAAUUAAGGAAAAUAGAAGCCUGUUCUUUCUCACUGCCCCUGGAGGGAGCGCGGCCCUAGGGCUGUCAGACUCCUAGAAGGAAGGGACUAAGGAGAUGGGCACAGACUUGCGUCAUCUUGUUUCCACAGAUGACGUUUUAUAUUACUUCCUCAGUUACCAGAACAAUCUGAAGAGCUGAAGAAGGUCUUCGGACCCGGCAAGCUUUUCUGUAGCAGUGAUUCUAAAGUGGCGUUUGCUGUGUGCUUGAGAGUAACACCGCACGCUGCAGGGGCUGCGGCCACAGUCCCAGGAAGCCACAGCACUUGUAGGAUCUGCUAGGACCCUGCAGCUGUGCUGCCGCCACCUCUGCUCCACAGUGCCCCAGCCAGCCCUCGGGAGAUGGGACUGUCUGCCUGCCCUGCCUCACUGAGCCUGCAGAGGCUGCCCAGGCAGCGGGUCUGUGUGCCCAUCAGCGGGUUCACACGGCUGUCACUGCCCCUCAUUUCCAUAGUGAGACACGGAUGUGUUUGUGUAUUCGGUGCAGUUUAUUUUGCUCAGUCCAUAGCUGUGUUGGAGUGGUGAGUUUGGCAGCCCUUGAGCUCUAAUGAAGAGAGACCCAGACCACUUAGGACCCGCUGGGCAGUGGGAAGGCUUCCCAACUUACUUCGUGAUCGAGGGCUUACUGAUGCAAUGAAAUGAGUUUAAUGACUUUUUUUUUUUUUAAACCACUUUUUGAACUAGUCUGAGUGUGCUGUAUUGAAAACCAAAUAUCUGCGUGUUGUCUCUGAGAAGUAGGCAUUAGAACCUCCUUUUUUGCAGUCAGUGUUAAUAAAACUGGUCCUGUUUGGGCACCCAUUCUUCAAGACAGACUUCACGGCCACUGGAAGGUCUGCUCUGGUGCUCCCUGAGUAAGACACAGUCAGUGGGGUGUGCGUGUUUCUCUAACCGUCUACACACGCACACAGGCAGACUUUCUCCUCGUAGAAUGUUCUAGAAAGGUGAUUGGCAGAGUCAUCCGGGCCCGCCUUAAAGCGCUGGUUAGAACAGCCCAGCACAGACUGACCUCUCUCAACACCCACGACCACUGAAAAUGGAUUCUUAGUACCAGACAAUCCCAGUAAUGAAGGGUUAGUUUCCUUGAAGGGAACUACAGAAAAAGAAAGAAGCAGAAUUAGAAAGUCAUGCAACUUACAGGUGUGGUGUGCUGCUCACGGUGAAGUCAGACCACACCAGCCAGACCCUCCUGGAAGAUCUGCUGCAACCAUUAUCUUUGUUCUUGAUUCAUCAUGCAUUUAAAAUGAGAUGCAGGAGCAUUUAGCAUACAAUGUAAAUACGGACUUUUUAAAAUUAAAAUGUUAUUGGAAGUGCUUUCAACUCAGCAACGUCUUAGCUAUUAGUUCUUCUGUGUUGUCUUAUGAAAGUUUAAUGGAUACAGUUCCACAGUUGUUGAUGUGUUUGUGUGUAUAUUCGAUUUUUAUAAAGAUGGUAGUAAGCCAAUACGUUUA